AUGGUGGAAGCAUUUGCGAACGAUCCGAUUGCUCUCCGCCAACUGAUAGCUUACGAAGCACUUGGAAAAAUUCCGCCAUUCGAUGGAUACAAGAACAUGUGUAAGAGGAUUGGAGAUGGUUUGAUGGAGUACAUUGACUACGAAUUCUGGUAUAUGAGAUUUGCGAGGGGUGAAAUGGACAUGGAGUUUGAUGGGAGCCGUGAUCCAACACUCCGGACUAUUCAUGACCUACCCAUGGAGAUCCUCAAGCCAAUAUUCGAAACCUUGAAGCCUAUUGAAAGAAUAAUGAUGCACAAAGUAAGUCCUCGACUUCGAACUUGCAUCGAAUCGAUGGAUCCCAAAUUGAGAAGAUUGAGCUUUAAGUCGGGAAAAGAGCACUCUGAAAUCAAUUAUGACUUCACUGACGUCAUUUAUCGACAAGGGAAAGAAGGUGGUUGUCAAGUGAAAUCUGCUCAACGGAAGGAAGUUUCCGUACCGAAUUCCAAUCAUUUCGAAUUGGCGUUGCAUGAUAUUUCAGUCGUUUUCAAUAACCCAAAACUCCACUUAGAGUCACUUUAUAUUUGUGUGGAUGCUGACAAAAUGCAACGUCUUCGAGGGAUUCUGGAGCGCUUGGACUUCAAAAUCAAGACGGAUAGAAUUGAGUUUCACACGGAGAACUCAACGGAAGAAGCUGUAAUUCUUCCGUGGAUCCAAUCAGAAAACAUUUGUAUUCAUAUGAGAGAAUACAAGAAUACAAAAACUGAUGAGACAUCCCUGGAAGAAAUGAGAAAAAGACUGAAGAAAUUGAGUGAAAUGAUUGAAUGCAAGGAAUCCAAAAUGCUUACACUUCAUCUGGAUCUCGAUGAAGUGUUCCCUAUUGAGCAGCUCCUGAAUUGCCGUGGGCUAUCCCUCCAUACCAAAACUUGGCGUUGGUGUGUACCGGCCACCACGGUCAUCAAGUUUCUAGAGAUUCUCAUCCAGUCACCAGUUUUGGAAACGUUUAUAUUCGAUAACGAUUCUUGGAAAUUGAGGCAAGCUAUUAAAAAUUAUGGAAACCCGUUAUGGAAGGCUGUGGAUACCAAAGAGAGUAUUUUCAUGCUUUCUAGCAAAGGUUUUGACCACGUUUUCAAAUUGGAUACCAGCCAAUGGAGGGUUCGAUUAACGAGGCAAUAA